AUGUUUCUGUUUACCGAAUUGGUUUGAGUUAUCAUUGCAAAAAAUUAUAUUGUAAUUGUAAAUUGUAGAAUUGGAUUAAAAGUCUCUAAAAACAGCUGUUUUUUUAAUUCGCCUUGUUUUAGUUUAUAUGUAUGAUGACAUAAUUUAAACCUUGAAUUUUAAAAGCCAUCGUAUUUGCAGGCGACCCCAACUCAAACCUCCAAUCCGCGGUCCUCGUCCCAGCGUCAUUCCUUCAAUCCGAAUGCCCCCCGGUAUCGAUUAUGUUGUUGUCGAGUGAAGACCUUCACCAUUACCUUCUGUAUCAUCGAGAUCUUCUUCAUCUGCUUCAUGCUCAUCGCCAUAUUACCCGACCUCAGCUCUCGAGCAUGUAAUUUAGGGACCGAAGAGGCCUUGGGAAAAAUGAUGGACAAUUACACCAUCAACUUCACAAUCGAUAACAUUACUAUCAACAGUCUCUUGUAAGUGCUUUCCGUGCAGUUUGUUGUCUAAAGGACUGAUUGAUUACGUAAUCGGGAUUGAUACGGUAUAUUUAUGAUAGCAUUGCUGUUUGGACACAAAACGAUCUUGUUAAUGUACUCUGAUUUUUCAGCGAUAUGGAAGCGCUGCAGGUGAUUGGAUGCAAGAUUAACGGGUUGUGGUUUGCCUGGGCCUUGCUUCAGCUCAUUUCCAUUAAUCUUGCCUUUUAUGGAUGCAAAAAUAUCAAAUGGAAAUUCGUUUUACCUCAUCUUAUUUUUCGGUGAGGAAUGUUUUGUAAUGUCUAGAAAAACGGAAUUUGUACUUCAAGAGUGGCUCGUUCCAGGUUAAUGUGCACAUUGUUAUUAGUGUUUUUGUUGACUUUACUGAUUGUUUCCGUCGUUUCUUACGAAGAUGAUUCAUCGCUGAAUGGAUUUCUGAUGAUGGUUACGGUCCUGGGCCUUUUUUGGGUUACAGCUUUGAUUGUGAGUAAAUUAAGAUAAUUUUAAUUUAGCUAAUACAUGUUUAGGCAGUCCAAAUUCGAUGCAUUGAAUUCUUGAAAAAGUCAGCGGAAAGUGGAUACAGUGUUACGAUAACUCGAACUUUUGGCCCGCCAACAAUCUCCUUAUCGGAUAGGGCCCAACUGGAGAAUGCAAUUGUAAAUCGAGAAGCCAAACCUCCCGAAUACAACCCCAACCUCAACGCAAUCAGCGAAGAAGAAGUGACUCCCGUCAAUGAAGAGGUCUCUGUGCCCUCGAGGAAACUCCCUCCCCUCAGGCACACUUAUCGUCCUUAA